AUGCUCCUUUGUAACCAGGUGAUCUGGGUGUGUAAUAACUGCCGGAAGCAGCAGGAGAUCCUGACCAAGCCAGGCGAGUGGUUCACCGGUCAGGCUGAGAAACCCGCUGGCCUCGGUUCAGCCGUCAGCGAGCCGUCUGUGUGCCAAACGCUCGGGGACAAGAAGCUCCGCUCUCGCUCCCAAGCACCCCCGGGCUCCACCACCGCGAUCCAAGACCCCAACCGACCCAGCGCACCUGGGACCACACCUGGCACCGAUGCCCGGUCACACAGCGAACCGCCACGAGACACGAGAAAUGGAAGGGGAGGAGGAGGAGGAGCUGGUCGCGGAGAGCGCCGGCCAGGUCAGGCCAGGCUGCAGACCCAGGUCUCCAUGGACCGGGACAUGCGGGGGGAGUCCAGGGAGCGCAGGGAAAGCCGGCGGCUGACAAAGGGACGCUCUCUGGAGCACGAUCCUGUGGGAGGGAAUGGCGGAGUGAGACGGACAGAAGAGGGGGGCUACCACCACAUGGACCACAGCGGUGCCCCCCCUCGCCAAGCAGGGCCGGUCCCUCCUGGAGGCCGGGGCCACCCUGGGCCUGUGCAGGAGGACGGUGGGCGGGGUUGGCGGGCCGCAUGA